AACUUGAAAGGUAAAAAAGACCUUGUGUAAAAAGAUCCAAGUUCACUUUGAAUUUGAUGUAUGUUAAAAAGUAUCGAAAUAUUGAUGAAGUUGGAUGAAAUUCUUUGAGUACAUUCGGUACUACACGAUUGAGCACUUAGUGAACUCUAGCACCUGAUUGGCGUAUAUUUUUAAAUCUUGAGGAACAUACCAAUCGGAUGCGCGAGUUCACUAAACACUUAUGAUGCGGUUGUAAUGCAGAAUGGAACCUAUGGAGUGUGAAUAUUUCAUGAAGUUGGCGUCAGUGCGCACGAGCAGAUGUAUUACGCCGCUUGAUACACGCCAAUGUCGGUUUGAAAUGUUUGAAUUUUGCAGGCCUAGUGUGUAACCAUUGUUAUUAAAAAGUACACCGUUGUAUUUUUGUGCGUGAAACUUUUAUUAUCGUUUCAACAUGUAUAUUAAAUCGAUGGUGUUAGAAGGAUUCAAGUCGUACGGCAAAAGAAUUGAAAUAAACGGUUUUGAUAAGGAAUUCAAUGCAAUCACAGGAUUUAACGGAAGCGGGAAAUCGAACGUUUUAGAUGCAAUAUGUUUUGUUCUGGGCAUUACAAAUCUUGGCCAGGUUCGUGCUACUUCUUUACAAGAUUUAGUCUAUAAAUCUGGCCAAGCAGGAAUAAAAAAGGCUAGUGUUACAAUAACAUUUGAUAAUUGUGAUACAGAAUCAUCUCCUAUGGGUUAUGAGCAUCAUGAGGAAAUAGUAAUUACAAGACAAGUAGUAAUUGGUGGCAAGAAUAAAUAUAUGAUUAAUGGAACAAAUGUACAGAACAAACGUGUACAGGAUUUGUUUUGCUCCGUUCAAUUGAAUGUAAAUAACCCACACUUUUUAAUCAUGCAAGGUAGAAUAACGAAAGUGUUGAAUAUGAAACCAGUUGAGAUUUUAUCCAUGUUGGAAGAAGCAGCAGGUACAAAAAUGUAUGAAAAGAAGAAGCAGUCUGCAUUGCUCACUAUAGAAAAAAAGGAUAAGAAAUUGAAAGAAAUAAAUUAUAUCUUGAGAGAAGAAAUAGCUCCAAAAUUAGAAAAAUUGAAGGAAGAGAGAAUACAGUAUGUGGAAUUCCAACGGAUAGAGAGAGAGCUUGAACAUAGCAAGAGAAUUUAUUUUGCAUGGAAGUAUGUUGCCGCCUUACAUAACAGUGAGAAAGCAGAAGAAAAUGUCAAGAUUGUCCAAGAUAACAUAGAGUCAAAACUGAAGGCAAUAACUGAUGGCGAAAAUGAAAUCAAAAGCAUAGAAGCAAAACAUGCUGAAAUAUUAGAGAAAAGAGAAUCUGAAAAAGCCGAUAAGUUGAAGACAUUAGAGCACGAACUACAGGAAUAUGAGAAAAAGCAGAUUCAAUUAUCAGCUGAAGUGAACAGUAAUAAGGAGAACGUUAAAGCGGCAAUUAAAACAAUGGAGCAAACAAAGAUCAACAUAGAAGAUGAUAGGAAAGCAUUUGCCUUAAAGGAAAAAGAAUUGGAGAAAGUGGGAAGUCUUUUCCAGAAAUUGAAAGAUAUGGAUCAAAAGGACGCUGAAGCGGUAUUAGAGGCACAAGAGAAAUAUCAGAAGAUAAGUUCAGGCUUACUAGAGAGCGAGGAUGGCGAAAAUGCAACAUUGGAGCAACAACUAAUAAGCGCCAAGCAGUGUAUGAUACAGGCGCAAACUGAACUUAAACAAUGCGAAAUGACACUGAAUCACAACAAGCAGCAGCUGAAUAAGAAACAAAGAGACAUGCAUAGUACUGAAAAUGAGUAUAAGAAGCACAUAAUGGAUCUAGAGAAGAAAGAAAAGGAAUUGAAAAAUUUGGGGAAUGAACUGGAAAGAUUGAAUUAUAAGGAUAAUCAUACGGCAGAUUUGAGGGAGCAAAGAAACACCUUGAUUGCCGAUAUAAGAUCAUUGCGUGAGAGCAUUGAUCAGUUUGAAACGAGACAUCCUCAGACGAGAUUUGAGUAUCAAAAGCCCGAACCCAAUUUUAAUGCAAAUUCUGUGAAAGGCACUGUGUGCAAAUUGUUUCACGUAAAGGAUAAGAAAGCUGCCUAUGCUUUAGAGGUUGCUGCAGGAGGGAAGCUUUACAAUGUAAUCGUUGACGCGGAAACCACAAGCAAGAAAAUUCUCCAACAUGGGCAAUUACAACAUCGAGUUACAUUUAUCCCACUUAAUCGAGUGAGCGGUAGACUUAUGGAUCGACAGACGAUCGAUUUGGCGGAAAAACUGGUCGGGAAAGAGAAUGUUCAACCUGCCUUAUCUCUUAUAGAUUUUCCAAAUGAGAUUAUGCCGGCAAUGACCUGGGUGUUUGGUCAAAUAUUUGUAUGCAAAGACAUGGAGAGUGCCAAGAAAAUAGCGUUUCACGAGAGAAUCAUGAAGAAGUGUGUCACCUUGGAAGGUGAUCUUUUUGAUCCAGCUGGUACUUUAUCCGGCGGUGCUCGAGCGAAAAGUGGAUCCAUUAUAUUAAAAUUGGAAGAACUGAAAGAGACGCAGAAUGAACUUAACAAUAAAGAACAUCUCCUGAGAAAUGUGGAUGCUGCCUUAUCGAAUGUUGAAAAGAUUGCAGAGAAAUAUUCAUUGUUAAAACAAAGAUAUGAUUUACUGACUUAUGAAAUCGGCAUUGUGCGACAAAGACUGGAACAAACCACUUAUCACAAAAUCAAGGAAGAGAUGGAUUCUUUGAGUGCAGCCAUUGAAGAACUUACGCAACGGAUGACCACAGCAAAGAGUUCAGAGAAAGAGAGCUUAAAACGCGCAAAAGAUAUAGAACUGAAAUUAAAGGAUGCGGUAAAUAUUCGGGAGAAACAAUUAAAGGACGCUGAAAAUCAAUUAAAUGCUUUAAAGAAAAAAGCGGAACAGAGUCACAAAGAAUGGCAAAAGAGGGAACAGGAGGCGGAGACGCUUGAGUUAGAAAUUAAAGAAUUGAGAAAGACUAUUGAAAGUGGUAAUGAACAAUUGCUUCAAGCAGAGAAAGAAAGCAAUAUGUUUAAGGAAAAAGGAAAGGUUCUUGAGGAAAAGUUGAAAGAAGUAAAGACUAAAGUUAAUGAACUGCAGAAUGACGUUAAGGAACAAAAGGAUGCUAUUACUAAACAGAACAAAAAUUUGCAAAAGUUGGUGGCGAAGAAAGAAGAUAUUAUUAAACAAAAUAAAAACUUCGAAUUGGACAUUAAAAAAUUAAACCAUGAAAUUAACGAUAUCAAAAAGAACGCGGAAAAUUGUAGGCAUAAGGUUUCCGAGUUUACAAAAAAAUAUCAAUGGAUUGAGGAAGAGAAAGCUUUCUUUGGACAGAAAGGAGGAAUAUAUGAUUUUGAAGUCAAUAAACCAGAUGAAGUGGAACCCAGAAUACAACAUUUGCAAGGAAUACACGAAAAAUUAAGUCGCAAUAUAAAUGCAAGGUCAAUCAACCUUCUUGAUAAAGAGGAGGAGCAAUAUAACGAUACGAUGAAAAAGAAAAAGAUAGUUGAAAACGAUAAGAUAAAAAUUCUCGAGACCAUUAAGCACUUAGAUGAGAAGAAGAAAGACAUUUUGGUUAAAGCGUGGGAACAGGUGAACAAAGACUUUGGCUCAAUAUUCGGGACGUUAUUGCCAGGAGCCAACGCCAAGUUAGAACCGCCGUCGAAUGAAACAAUAAUGGAUGGUCUGGAAGUGAAAAUUGGAUUUUCGGGUAUCUGGAAAGAGUCAUUAGGAGAAUUAUCCGGCGGCCAAAGAUCAUUAGUUGCUUUGUCAUUGGUCUUGGCUAUGCUUCUUUAUAAACCGGCUCCGUUAUACAUUCUGGAUGAAGUGGACGCCGCUUUAGAUCUUUCACACACGGAAAAUAUCGGUAUAAUGUUAAAACGACAUUUUAAAUGUUCGCAAUUUAUAGUUGUGUCCCUGAAGGAUGGCAUGUUCAACAACGCUAAUGUCUUGUUUACAACUAGAUUUAUUGAUGGUAUGUCAACGAUAUGUAGAACUGAAAAAAUACGAUCUAAAUAAUUGUA